AUGCCAGGCGCGGGCUCCUUUGGCAUAGAAUGCCCCUCUGGCGGCAAACUCUACGCCAACAACGCGACCGCGUUUCUGGGCUGCUGCUCCUUUGACCCGGCCACCGUCGCCGACGGUCUUUGCACCGACGCCGGCAUACGGCCAAUGGCCUUUGAUCCCGACGCGUACGACAGGAUUCCGGUGCAAGAGUGCGCGGCCAGAAGCUCUUCCUUGUGGUACUCGUGCAAAGGCACCGAGCCGCCGUUUCUGGGCUGCUGCACGCAGAAUCCAUGCAUCAAAGGGUCCUGUAGCAAGCCAAAUCUCCGCGCGGCCAAGCUCAGCAGCAACGAGAGGCUUGCAAAGUCAUUUCUAGGGGGCGUCUCGGGUACAACAACGACAUCAGCAACGGCGUCUUUAUCGACAGCGACGACAACACCAACAAAAACAACAGGGACAGAAUCGUCAACCACAACACCAUCGUCAAUCACAACACCAGCGUCAACCGCAACACCGACUCCUUCGGUGACCGCGGCUGCGGGGGGCGGCAGUGGCGGCUCUCAAGGAAUCCAGCCAGCUGUUGUUGCCGGAAUGGUCGUCGGCAUUGCAGCCGCCGCCGUGGCCAUUGCAUUGCUGAUUGUCUGGUGGAUGAGGCGGAGGCGUGUUGCCGCCAAAGAAAAGGCCUUGACGGUCGCGGGCAACUCUCCCAUCAACCCCGGUAAAGAUGGUUCGACACCAUGGACUUUACCACUUGCAUCGCCACCAGACUACUCUUCGCUGGCAAGGGGCGAGAAAUCCGUGUAUGCGGCUGAACUCCCGGGUAACGUCUGCUUCGAGUUGCCAGGGGAGUCGGCGAAAUCGCCACACGGCCGCUGA